UGGCUCCUUGUUAAUUGUUGCUCCAUCACACCGCUACACAGGAACUAUUACUUCAUGGGUUUUUAUUUUAAAACGUAGCUGAUCGUUAGGUUGAGGUUUGGAUUUGCCAAAUUGUAGAAAGAGCAGUUAUCUACAAGCAGCCUGGGAGAAAUCGGUGCCUGAAUUUUGAGCAGAGAUAAAAACUAAGCCCUCUGUCUAAGUGACAGUCGUAAAGGAUUGGCUUCAGAGCGCAGUGCUAGCAGGAGCUUCGGGACUCAGAAACAGAGGCUGUCUCGGAGAAGCAUCGGGAUGACGCCGUCGCUAAGGUGUCCCGGCUAAAUGAGCGAAGCAUCAUUCGUGGUCAGUGGUUGGCAUCAGUCUGUCCGGGGUCCAGAUCUGACAGCUGCACGGACUCCAAGUCAAAGGGGCGAAGAGGGUCGAGCUUCUCUAACAAAAACACCCAGACUGUGUUCAAGACAUCUCUGGAGAUACGAUCAGACUGAGCCGGAGAAGCUAGAUUCUCAUGAGGACUGUAAUAACUACAUAAUGGCACUGGAACCUCCAACUUGAAUAAUCACUUAUUUAUUGCAGAUCCGGUUUACAUGAAUGACUACUUCUAGUUUAUUUCGGCAUUGCUAGGGAAACUGUGACUACCUCCCGAGUGAUUUUGCGCCACAGCGAAAGCACAAUAAACUGAUUGUGUGUACAGAAGGUGGAGGCAACUCCCUGCCAGUAAUCUCAAAGCAUCUUGCUCCCAUUCUCUACACUACAAGCUGCUAGAAAGCCUGCAAAGAAAGAAAAAAGGAAAAAUGACUUCAGAGUGGGGUGAGAAAUCCACUGCGGACCUCAUGAGCAGGUAUGUCUCCAAGGAAGUGGGAUACGGCGUGCCCAAGGAGGGUUGGCGGAUCUGCCUGGCCCACGAGUUCAAGGAGAAGAGGAAGCCCUUUCAGGCGAAAGAUGUCUCGCUUUCCAACGUCUGGGAGCACAUCGGCCUCGGAGUCAGGUAUCUAAAAUGGUGGUACAAGAAGACCCAGGUGGAAAAGAAAGCUCCAUUCAUUGACAUGUUUGGCGCCCUGCCCUUGCGUCAAAUAUAUGGUGCUCCGCUCGGUGGCAUUGGAGGAGGUACCAUCACGAGAGGUUGGAGGGGGGAGUUCUGCAGGUGGCAACUUAACCCUGGGAUGUACCACUACAAAACUGUCACAGCUAACCAGUUCACAGUGUGUUUGCGUCGCGGAGGGCAAACUGUUUACCAGCAGGUGCUUUCUGUAGAGCGUCCGCCCACAUUACAAGGCUGGAACUGGGGCUACUGCGGGGAGUACGCCUUCUACCACGCCUUGUACCCUCGCGCCUGGACUGUCUACCACUUGCCUGGACAGAAUGUCACCCUGACCUGUAGGCAGAUUUCACCAGUCAUUCCUCACGAUUAUCAGGACUCGAGUCUCCCGGCGGCAGUGUUCGUGUGGGACGUAGAGAACAAAAACGACUACGCCCUGGACGUCUCCAUCAUGUUUACCAUGGUCAACGGAUCAGGGCACAAGGACGACAAGAGCGGCGGACACUGGAAUGAACCAUUCCACCUGGAGAAGGAGGGAGAGGCGGUGUCUGGGGUCUUGCUACACCACUGCACCACAGUGAACCCUUACACGCUGUGCAUCGCGGCCCGAGAACAGCCCGACAGGGAGGUCAGUCAUCAGACAGCGUUCAGCCCGAAGGGAACCUGCAGCACUCUGUGGAGCGACCUCAUCACCGAUGGACGGCUGGACUCUCCUACAGGAUCCAGCCCGCCUACACCGAAGGGAGAAAAGGUAGCGGCGGCGUUAGCUGUGGGCUGCUCUGUUCCAGCUCAGGGCCACAACGCCCUGGAGUUCUGCUUGGCCUGGGACAUGCCCAAAAUCACCUUCGGGUCUAGGGAGAGAGAACACAUUAGGCGAUACUCUCGUUACUUUGGGAGCAGAGGGGAUGCCGCCCCCUCGCUCAGUCAUUACGCAUUAACGCACUACAAACAGUGGGAGAGGAGCAUUGAGGAGUGGCAACGGCCCAUACUGCAGGACAGUUCUCUCCCCUCCUGGUAUAAGUCGGCCCUGUUUAACGAGUUGUACUUCGUGGCGGACGGAGGGACCGUGUGGACGGAGCUGCCGGAGGAUGUGGACGUCAGCGGCGGCAAGCGCAGCGAGGACGGAGGACUUCCGGCUCAGCCUCCUGUCGUCAAGGAGUACGGACGCUUUGCUUACCUUGAAGGUCAGGAGUAUAGAAUGUACAACACCUACGACGUGCACUUCUACGCCUCCUUUGCCCUUAUCAUGCUGUGGCCCAAGCUAGCCUUGAGCGUGCAAUAUGAUAUCGCCGGCAGCGUGGUUCAGCAAGACCCAACAGAGAGACUCCAUCUAAUGAGUGGACUGUAUUCUCCUGUCAAGGCCAAAAAUGUGGUGCCUCACGACAUAGGAGACCCAGAUGAUGAGCCUUGGCAGAGGGUGAAUGCCUACCUCAUACACGACACAGCGGACUGGAAGGACCUGAACCUUAAGUUCGUCCUGCAGGUCUACAGGGACUUUCAUCUUACCCAGGACCAUCAGUACCUCCAGGACAUGUGGCCCAUCUGCCAGGCGGUGAUGGAGUCAGAGAUGAAGUUCGACCUGGACGGAGACGGCCUGAUAGAGAACUCUGGAUAUGCUGACCAGACCUACGACGGAUGGGCGGUGACUGGACCAAGUGCAUACUGUGGCGGUCUGUGGUUGGCAUCCCUGUGUGUGAUGUGCAAAAUGGCCAGACUGGUGGACAGCGAGGAGACGUACCAGCGCUACAAAGACAUCUUGAACAGUGGAAGUGCAGCUUUUGACAAACUGCUGUGGAACGGCAAAUACUACAACUAUGAUAGCAGCGGUAGAGACCUGUCUAACAGCGUCAUGUCCGACCAGUGUGCUGGCCACUGGUUCCUGAAAGCAUCUGCGCUGGGAGACGGAGACUACCAGGCUUUUCCCAAAGAGAAGAUCCAGAGUGCACUAAAAUCCGUUUUUGACUUGAACGUAAUGAGCUUUGCUGGAGGUCAGAUGGGGGCAGUUAACGGCAUGCGUCCGGAAGGGGUCCCUGACCGCUCCAGUGUUCAGUCAGAUGAGGUCUGGAUCGGAGUGGUGUACGGACUGGCAGCCACCAUGAUCCACGAGGGUAUGCUGGAGGAAGGUAUGCGCACGGCGGAGGGUUGCUACCGGACUGUGUGGGAGAGGCUGGGCAUGGCCUUCCAGACUCCCGAAGCCUACUGCGAGAAGGGCAUCUACCGCUCCCUGGCCUACAUGAGGCCUCUGAGCGUUUGGGCCAUGCAGCUGGCCCUGAACGCCUCACAGAAGGAUCACACCACGUUGACUCAAAAUGGAGAUGGAGCGAGGACCUGAGUUAUCAGAUAGAGCCUGGAUAGAGUAACAUAGAAACGCUAAUCUGGACUGACUCCGGUAGUGGGCAAUCAAACGAUUGCUGACCUUGAAUCCACAGUUUGUUUGCCUUCAAAAUGUCUUUCAAGGCCAGGUCAGAACGGUAGUUUAUGUUUGUUAGCUAUGAAGUAACGGUUUUUAGGUGAAGACAUAUUUCACGAGACGGCAAGUCACCUUGCAGUGAACGGUGUUUGCAGGGCAAUCUCAAAAUCCUAGCCUACACUACAUUUCACAAUCAUGCCAACAUUAAUAUUUGCAGACAUGGAACACAAUAAUAUAUAUAUAUUAUUCUCCUUCCCCCGUUUGAAUUUGAAUGCUGUACUGUGUAAUAAGUGAUGAGUGCUGUUGAAAAAAAAAUGAAGUCUGAAAAAUAUAUAUAUAUUUUACUUUCUUUUUUCUUUUUAUAGCAUUUGGUGCCUUGUUGCAUGUCAGCCUAUAUCUAUACUGUAUAAACCUAGUGGCAGCAUUUACUGUUUUAUAGAAUCCACUAUUCACGACAAUCAUGUUGAAUAAAUGACUGAAUGAGAUGCAA